AUGAAGUUUACAAAAUUGUUUUGUAAACCACUAAUCAUACAUUACAGAAAUGAUAUCAUUUUUAGAAAUGUUACUGCCCGAUAUGCUUCGACCGGCAUAAACUUAUUUACGAAUGAAUCAAUUACAGAUUCAAUAAAAAAAGAUAUAGAGAAGUAUUGGAGAGAUAAAAUCAAUUUACAUGGAUUUAAUGAAACAGAAAAUACAAAAGAAAAAUUUUAUGUAUUAUCAAUGUUUCCAUAUCCCUCUGGAUUACUUCAUAUGGGUCAUGUAAGAGUCUAUACAAUAAGUGAUGCUGUUGCUCGAUUUUAUAGAAUGAAAGGAUAUAAUGUCCUUCAUCCAAUGGGAUGGGAUGCAUUUGGAUUACCUGCUGAAAAUGCUGCAAUUGAAAAGCAAAUUGAUCCUGAUGAAUGGACAAGAGAGAAUAUUAAAAAAAUGCGAAAUCAGUUAGAUUUAUUAAAUUAUGCUUUUGAUUGGGACAAAGAAAUCUGUACAUGCGAUCCAGAAUAUUAUAAAUGGACACAAGACUUGUUUUUAAGGCUUUAUGAAAAAGAUUUAGUUUAUCAAAAAGAAGCAUACGUCAAUUGGGAUCCCAUUGAUGAAACUGUAUUGGCAGAGGAACAAGUUGAUGAAAAUAAUUGUUCAUGGAGAUCAGGUGCUAAAGUAGAAAAAAGAUUGUUAAAUCAGUGGUUUAUUAGAACCACACCAUUUGCUAUGUCCUUAUUUGAGGGUUUAAAAAACCCAACUUUGAAACAGUGGGGAGAUGUUAAAAAGAUACAAAGGAAUUGGAUAGGUGAAUGUAAAGGAACUAGUUUUGAAUUACAGUUAGUAACAGAUAUUCCAAAUUAUCCAAAAACAAUCAAUGUUUGGACUGAUCUACCAGAAUUUAUUGAAUAUGCAAAAUUUGUUGCAAUUUCCUCAAGUAGUUUAUUAAAUAAGGCAGAAUAUUGCCAUGAUGUAAACGAAGAAAUUAAAGUAAUAGAUGCCAAAGUAUUAAAUCCAUUCAAUGGAAAAGAAUUACCGAUAUUUGUAACAGAUAAAGUCACGUUUCAACCUUUCAGAGAUACUUACCUUGGUAUACCUAAUGCUUCAAUGGAUGAUUAUCAGUUUUCUGAAAUAGUUGGAAUUGAAUUCUACAGACAUUCAAUAAGAAGUUAUGAAGAACAACAGUCCAAACGAGCAGAAAUAUUAUCCAAAGCACAAAAAUGGAAAAUUGGUGGACAUUCAGUUAGUGCAAGGUUACAGGAUUGGUUGAUAUCUAGACAAAGGUAUUGGGGUACACCAAUUCCAAUUAUUCACUGUUCAAAUUGUGGUGCCCAACCGGUACCAAGAGAUCAACUUCCUGUAAUUUUACCAAAAAUGCAAUUUUUAAAUAAAAAGCCUACAUUAAAUGAAGCCAAGGACUGGUUAAACACACCUUGUCCUAAAUGUGGAGAGCAGGCAAUUAGAGAAAUGGAUACAAUGGACACAUUUGUAGAUAGUUCAUGGUAUUUUUUGAGGUACAUUGAUUCCAAAAAUACAGAAGACAUGUUUUCCGUCGAUAAAGCAAAAAAAAUGUUCCCUGUUGAUCUUUAUAUAGGUGGAAAAGAACAUGCUGUACUGCAUUUGUAUUAUGCUAGGUUUAUAAGUCAUUUUUUACAUUCAGAAAAGCUCAUACCCAGUCAAGAACCAUUUAAGCAACUGCUUGUUCAGGGUAUGGUAAAGGGUAAGAGUUAUCAAGUAAAGAGUACAGGAAAAUAUUUAAAAGCAGAUGAAGUGGAAAGAACAGAAGACGAGUAUGUAGAAAAAAGUACCAAAGAACCAGUAGAAGUUACAUGGGAAAAAAUGUCUAAAUCAAAGCACAAUGGCGUUGAUCCUCUUGAAUUGUUAAACAAGUAUGGAGUUGAUACAACUAGAUUGCUAAUAUUGGCCGAUGUUGCACCAACUUCAGAUAGACAUUGGAGUGACGACACUAUUGAUGGGGUAAUUAAUUGGCAAAAUCGCUUAUGGUUAACGGUAAGAAGUUUUGUACACUAUCGGAAUAACGUAACUUCAGAAGAACUCCAAACAGUGCCGACUACUCCUAAAUUUAUCGAUGAUGAUGCGUAUAUGUUUGAUAGCAGAAACUAUUUCUUAAAAACUGUAACUUUUAAUAUAACUGAUUCCCAACAAUUAAGUGUUGCAAUAUCAAGAAUGCAAGGUCUCACAAACAGUUUACGAAAAGUAUCUGAAGAAUGUAAGAACAAAAGUCGUGAAUUCGAACGUGCAUUAGCAGUUCAACUUAUAAUGCUUGCGCCAAUAGCACCGCAUUUCGCUUCAGAAUUGUGGGCCACAUUUUGUUCAGCUAAACAUCAUCUUAUAAAUGAAAAUGAAGUCAAAUUGGAUAAAGAUGUUAUGGAACAAGAUUGGCCGGAAAUAGAUAUGGAAUAUAAUAUGAUACUACGUAUCAACGUAAAUGGAAAGUUUUACAAAAAAUUCAAGAUACCUAGAUAUAAGCUGGAUAAGUUGUCGGCCGACGAAGCUUUUGAUAUAGUAGUAAAUGAACCAGCAAUCCAAAAGCGUUUACAAAAUCGGCAGGUUAUCGGUACUAAACUUCUUUCAACGGCAGGCUGUGAUGCAACAAUAAACAUUUUAACAAAAAAGUGUGAAGGGUCUGUAGCAUCCUAAGGUUAUUACAAAAUAACUAAUAUGUGUAAAAAAUAAAACGCAGGUAUAAUGGUGAGGGUCUUCUGUGUUUUGGUAAUGAACAUAAAUUUACAUGUUCAUUUGGAUUGUUACAUUGUUGGUACACCCUACAUUUUAAUAUGUUACCACUUGGUGUAUGUACAUCAACCAUUAAAGGAAAAUACAACUUGUCUGCA